AUUCAUUCCUAGUUUACUCCAUUUAGCAUCAACCAUCAUGGAUACUCCUCCUCCUUUGCAUAUAGCAAUGUUUCCAUGGUUUGCUAUGGGACACCUAACACCAUAUCUUCAUUUCUCCAACAAAUUAGCAAAAAGAGGUCACAAAAUAUCAUUCUUCAUCCCCAAGAAAACACAAACCAAGUUGCAACAUCUCAACCUUAAUCCAAACCUCAUCACCUUUGUCCCUAUCAAUGUUCCUCAUGUUGAUGGUCUUCCUCAUGAUGCUGAAACAUCUUCAGAUGUACCCUUUUCUUUAGUCCCUCUUAUAGCUACUGCCAUGGAUCAAACUGAGAAACAAAUUGAACUUCUUCUUAAGGAACUAAAACCUCAAAUAGUUUUCUUUGAUUUUCAAUAUUGGCUACCAAAUUUGACACAAAAACUUGGUAUCAAAAGUCUUCAAUAUUGGAUAUCUAGUCCAUUUGCAAUAUCUUACUCAUGGAAUGGACCUAGACAAAGCCAUGGAAAAGGUUUAACUGUUGAUGAUCUCCAAAAACCACCUUCAGGGUACCCUGAUUCAUAUAUUAAACUUCAUCAACAUGAACUUCAGUUUCUUUCUUCAACAAGGAAACUUGUGUUCGGAAGUGGCGUAUAUUUAUACGAUCGUUUACAUAUAGGGACAAGUUUAGCAGAUGCAAUUGGUUACAAAGGUUGUAGAGAAAUUGAUGGACCUUAUGCUGAUUAUCUUGGAAGUGUUUAUGGAAAACCUUCUCUGCUUUCAGGUCCUCUUUUACCUGAAUCAUCAAAAGCUAGUUUAGAUGAAAAAUGGGUUUCAUGGCUUAAUGGAUUCAAGCAUGGUUCUGUGGUUUUUAUUGCUUAUGGAAGUGAAGGUCCAUUAGAACAAAACCAGUUUGAAGAGUUGUUACUUGGUCUUGAAUUAACAGGUUUUCCAUUUCUUGCAGCACUUAAGCCACCUAAUGGUUUUGAUUCUAUUGAAGAAGCUUUACCUGAAGGAUUCAGUGAAAGAGUUAAAGGAAAAGGGAUUGUUUAUGGAAGUUGGAUUCAACAACAGUUGAUUUUAGAACACCCUUCUGUUGGAUGCUUCAUAACACACUGUGGAGCUGCUUCGGUAACUGAGGCACUUGUUAACAUGUGUCAGUUGGUUUUGUUGCCGCGUGUAGGUGUUGAUCAUAUUAUGAAUGCAAGAAUGAUGAGUGAAAAGUUGAAAGUUGGUGUGGAAGUUGAGAAAGGUGAUGAAGAUGGAUUGUUUACAAAAGAAAGUGUGUGCAAAGCUGUGAGAAUUGUGAUGGAUGAUGAGAAUGAGGUUGGAAGAGAAGUUCGAAAAAAUCAUGAUGAAUUAAGGAAGUUUUUGUUGAGUGAGCAUUUAGAAUCCUCUUGUGUUGAUAGUUUCUGUGAAAAGCUUCAAGAUUUGAUAUAAAUUUCUGAGUCAUUCCAUGUAAUUGUAUUGUGGCUUUUUUUUUUUAUACUUUUGUGAACUUAUUAUGAACUUCUGUGAUACAACAACUAGGCCUAAUAAACUGUCAUCUGUUUACACAAAUACCAGACUCCCAAUUAGUGGAAUCACUUAUAGUGAUUUGGGUCACUUAGUGCUUUGGGGCUAGUAGAAUCUCUCUGCUAGUUUGUUACUUUGUUUCUUCAUUCUGUUUUCAUAUUGUAUUUGCUUAUUUUCAUCAAUACAAACUCUAUUUCCAUUUCA